CACAACAAACACAUUGCAUCGUUUUGUGUUGUGUUUGUUUUUUGUGUAAAUAUUUCAACCAUCUCAGCUGCGAGAGGUACUACGAAUUUACAAUUCGAAAAAUAUUUGGUUUGCAACAGCAUGUUCGAUGACGAAAACUUCAAUGUAUUUAAAGACGAAAAAGCUGUUAUUGACAAAGAAAAAGUUAAUCGAACUAAGCUUCCUCGAAAAGCAAGAAAUUUUAGUAAAGUACAACUUCAAUUAGCUCUACGCAAAAAGAAGGAAUGCAACGCUAAAGCUCAGUCUGUUGUGGAAGCUCUUCUAGAACCAACUGAUAACGUUGAGUGGUUUCUACAUAGCUUGCGAGAUAUUAACCAAUGCCAUUUCGAUGAUGUCAUCCAGGAGAGAGCAAUUCAGCGAAUUUGCGGCUAUCCACUUUGUAAGGAGAAGCUAACGAACCUGCCGAACCAAAAAUACAUCAUCUCAUUAUCGAAUAAAAAAGUAUACGACAUCACUGAGCGGAAGAAUUUUUGCAGUGGCUCGUGCUACAAGGCAUCCAGCUACAUCAAAGCUCAAAUGCUAACGAGUCCACUUUGGCUUCGUGACCAGGAAGAUAUCCCAAAGUUUAAGUUAUACGGCGACAUUCGGGAAAAUAACACAAGUAACCAAUCAAAUCCGGAAGCGCCACGUAGAUUCGAGGACCUUCGUAUCAUUGAAAAAACACCCGACGGCAGUAUUUUCCAAAGGGAAAAUAUGCGGGAAGGAGACGAGAUACCGCUGGUUAGCGUUAACCAAAAUGCGACAUCGCCACAAUCUUCAAAUACUGAUGAUAGUAAAAACCAUGAUUUGGACUUGAAAGUAAAACUGUUGUCUUUAGAAUAAUAAAUGA